UAUAAAGGCCUAUAGGUCAGACUAGAACCUGAAUUUUCCUUAUCCUUUACGCGAUUUAUCGCGUGAUCUUGUUGAGUGGCGUGACAAAAUAGCGCGCGAGCCCACCAUACGUCAGCAGUUUACGUGUUUUAAAAUACCAAGAUGGCGGAGUACUUUGACGAAGUUGUGCUAGAUGCUGAGGACUUGGAGAAACUCUUUCAAGCUGCGGCAGAGUUUGUCAGAACUAUAAAGAAUUUAAGUGAUGAGAAAAAAUUGACUUUCUAUGCUCUUUACAAACAGGCUAAAGAAGGACCAUGCAAUACAUCAAGACCAGGGUUUUGGGAUAUGAUAGGCAAAGCCAAGUGGGACUCUUGGAAAAAACUUGGAGACAUGUCAAAGCAAGAAGCAUUAGAACGUUACAUACAGGAACUGUUUGAAACGGACCCUGAAUGGGAAGCAAAAUAUGCUGUCACUGAUGACUUGACCCCAAAAGAAACUGAUAAACCAACACACAAACAGACAAUGGGUCUAGCUGUUAGCACACUCAGAGGAAAUGAGGAUGAUAUCAUUAGUGAUGCUAACAAGUCAGUGUUUGACUGGUGCAAGGAAGGUAAUGUUAAAAGGAUGGAUGUUCUUCUUAACAAAGGAGAAAACAUUAAUGCCAAGGAUGAGCAGGGUAUGACUUUACUCCACUGGGCUUGUGACAGAGGCCAUGAGGAGGUUGUAACAUAUCUAAUAAAAAACAAGGCUGAGGUGAAUACACAGGAUGCUGAUGGUCAGACACCUCUACACUAUGCUGCCACCUGUGAUUUUCUGGUAAUAGUAAAAGAACUCUUACAAUGUGGAGGAGAUUGUACAAUUACCGACAGUGAUGGCUGUCGCCCGGCUGAUGUUGCAGAAAGUUCUGAAUUGAAAGAACUACUGAAUACAUAAAAAUUGCAAGUUUUUAACUACAGUUUAAAAAACAUGUGAAUGAUUUUGCUUCCAAAGCUGAGAAUAUAUUUAUCGAGUCAAAUUUAAGGCUCUAAAUGCAUUGAACAUUUUAAAUGCUUAUUUUAGUUGUGAAAGAAAAUUCCAAAAUUAUUUUUACUACAAGAAUGUUAAACUUGUGUAUAUAAAAAGAUGUCAAGGUUAUUUCAAAAAGGUGAAAGAGUACCUCGUAUCUUUGGUUUGUAAUUAUUUAUUCAAUUUCAUUGUUAAGGUUCUGAAACCUGAAGCAAUGUGUUUGUUAUCAAUAAAUAUCUUCAACAAAUUUACAGAAAAAAAAGAGAGUGAAAUGUUUGAUUGUUUAAUUUUCUACAAAUUUUAUUGGAAAAAUAGCCCCUAAUGCAAUUAAAAAAAUAGUUGAACAAAAUCUAAAUUUUUAACUCCCCUUAAUAUGCAACUUGAUGAGUAUCAUCAUGUUUAUAAUAUUAUUACUUAAAGAACCUCAAAAUACUAGUGAUGCAAUGUCUCUUUGUGUUCCUUACAUUCUAUGGUUAAAUUACUGCAAAAGCUACCAAAUUUAAUUGAAUUAAUGUCUUAAAGUAUUGCUGCAUACUGUCACUCAAUCACUGAUCCAGUGUUCUCACUUACUUAAAGAACAAAAGGUAAACGAAAAUUUCAAACUGGUAGAACAAAAUUUACACGUUCAAUUUUUAAGAAUUCCAACUGAUUUUAGGCAGUUAGAAGUGGUACCACAUAUUAUGUUCAAAUCAUUAUUAAGUCCUCUGACAUUAUAACAUUUUCCACAUCAUUAAGUCAGAGACACAAAUUUUAAUGACAUUAUUGAGUUUGUUUACAUUGUUACCUUUCAUGAUAUCAUUAAGUUGGUAACAUCAUUAAUUUUAAGACAUCAUUAAGUUAAUAUCAUUGUCAAUUAUGAGACAUUGUAAAUUCUAACGACAUUGUUAAAUUGAUACCAACUUCAUUAACUUUUAUGAUAUAUUUUUUGUGCUGCAAACAUGUAGUGAACUUAAAUGUAUGGAACCUGGCAUGUACUGUGUGUGUGGCAUGU